UCCCGGCCUUGGCCCCGUGGCCAACAGCAGCUCCCGUGGCUCCUGCCCAGAGAAGGACAUGGACAACGCCAAGGUGAACCUGGAGCCCGUGCCUUGGCCCCCGCUGCUCCAUGGGUCCUCGGUUUCCCUCUGUUCUCCAGCUGGCCUGGGCGUGGCGACCCCGCUGGCUAGGUCACCAUCUGACUGGGGCCUUCACUAAGGCUGGGGCCACGUGCUGAGUGCUGGAGCACAGCACACCUCAUGCCCCUGCCUUGAGUGUUUGGUUUGGUACUUAUUUUGAGUCAAGGUUUCCUUAUGCAGCUCAAGCUGGACUUGACCUCACAGUACCCAGAGCCCACCUGCAGUUCCCUAGCAGUCCUCCCCCCUCAGCCUCCCGAGUGCGGGAUGACCGGUGUGCAUCGCCACACUCGCGUGCGCUUGAUUUUUGGGAGCAGCUGUUGGGGUCCUCAGGCUCUGUGCUAGGCAGACCCCUUGCAAUGAUCCGGAUGAGGUGGGCGUGGGCUCUUGUGGGAGUGGGAAGCCGGUUCCAGGGCCCCCUGAAUCCGACCCCGGGUGGCCCAGGCUGCUGUGCCUCCUGGGUCCUGAGGCUGCUGCCUUGGCAGCCUUCGCACCGCAUGGGGCCACCUGCAAUGGUCAGAGCUCCAUGGACUGCCUUCCAAGCAGCCCAGGCCCAGGCGCCUCCGCCAGCCCCUCCCUGUGCAGUGUCAACUGGCCGAGGCAGCUUCCUGUUCUCCCCAGAUACCCCGGGACCCUGGGAGCCCUUGUGUCGCCCCUGUCGUGCCCAGGACAAUGCUCAGGCUGGCUGAGUACAGUGAGCUGGCGCAGCGCCCCGCUGGCACCUCUGGAGCUCAUCUCCACACGCGAGUGGGGACAGCAUGGUGACCAUGCUCGCUGCGUGGUGUGCUACUCACGAGGGCCUAGCAGGGUCUGGGGAUCCCUUGACUCCUCUCGGGAUGGGCACCCGGUGCCACUGCCGAGCUCGAAACUGGGCCUGCUUCUGUUCGCAGGUGAGCAUGGCAGUGAAGGGGCCCCCAGCCCAUCCAGGUCCCCCAUUCCUGGGAGGCCCCAUGCCGCCCCACAUGGGCUAUGGGUCGCCGCCGCCAUCACCGCUCUGCAGGCCCUUCGGGCCUCGGCCAAUGUCUCCUAGGCAACCGCCACCAUUCGGUACAGUAGGACACUUGGGCCGGCACCACCGCCUACCCUGUCCUCUCUCCUCUCCUGUCCUGAUUGGCAGCUGCAGCCCGCCUGACUCGAAGCACGAAGCCCAGCACUCUGAGCCCAGUGCAGCCUCCACAGCUGCUUGGACCAGAAGGGCCUUUUCUGCAGAGCCGAAGCCAGUCUCAGCGGGGUGGUCACCUGGGAUGCCACAGGCCGCCGGCAGUGGGAGAAGGGAGGGUCAGGCUGUGGUUGAGCCUUACUGAGCCUCAGUUUUCCUUAUCUGUGAAGUCCAGUGCAUCACUCCACUUCCUGGCGCAGGGGAAGGGAAAGCCUUUCAGCAGACCUGGGCUGCUCCUCAGGACGUGUCCGCAUGUCCCUCUUGCUUUCCAGUCGCACGCAUGGGCCCACCACUGGGCUUAAGAGACUAUGCGCCCGGCAUGCUGCCCGGACGCCCCGACCUGCCUCUACAUCCCAGCGAGUUCUUGCCGGGACCUGUGCCAUUCAGGCCUCCAGGCCCGCUCGGUGCCCAAGCGUAUUUCAUUUCGGAUCCGCGAAUGCCACCACCACCGGCUGGACUCCAAGACUACCGACCACCGCCUGCCGGGCCCCAGGACAACCCACCGCUGCCUCCCGGGCCCCAGAACAACCCACCGAUGCCUGCCAGGCCCCAUGACUAUGCACUGCCGCCUGCCAGGCCCCAAGACUAUCCUCCGCUGUAUGGAGGCCCCAGGACUACCCUCCGCCGUCUGCCAGGCCCCAUGACUAUGCACCGCCACCUGCCAGGCCCCAGGAAGACCCAGCACCAUGUUCCGGGCCCCAGGAAUACCCACCGCUGCCUGCCAGGCCCCAUGACUACAAACUGCCGCCUGCCAGGCCCCAGGACUACCCAGCACCAAGUUCCGGGCCCCAGGAAUACCCACCGCCGCCUGCCAGGCCCCAUGACUACGCACCGCCGCCUGCCGGGCCCCAGGACUAGCCCCCCCCCCCCCGCCUGCCAGGUCCCAUGACCACCCAUCACCACGU